AUGCUCAAGGAAGAACACACAAUAGAAGAUUUUGCAGAUUUGUUAACGUGUACUAUUUGUCUUGAAACAUUUAAACAGCCAACAUAUCUACCUUGUCUACAAACUUUCUGUGAAACCUGUAUAAAUACGUAUAUUGUUUCGACUGUGAAGGAAGAAAAACCAAAGGGGUUUAAUUGUCCAGUAUGUCGUCGUCAUGUGCCGAUUGAAGAAAGUAAAAAAAGACCUGAGACAUGGGCUAAAACUUUACCGGGAAAUCAUUUAAUCGUUUCGAUGAUUGAUCGCAGAGCAAUGUUUAAGGCCGAGAAAUUGUGUGAUGCUUGUAGCAGUGAAAGCAUUACCCAAAAUGCAAUAUCAUGGUGCACCAUUUGUGAAGAAGCAUAUUGCGAUACUUGUGAACGCAAUCAUAGAAAAUAUAAAAUGACCAGAAACCACAAAAUAGUACCGAUAAGAGAUAUAAAUGAAGAUUCGAAUAUAUCGAAUAUUUUUGCAUUUGUUGCUUGCGAUGAACAUCCAGACAAGACAAUUGAAAUAUACUGCACGGAUCACUCCAGACCAUGUUGUACUGUUUGUGCUACUGUACACCAUAGAAAAUGUGAACACGUUGUAACUAUAGACAAAGCUGUAGCCGGUGUUAAGGAAUCAACAAAAGCAAAGGAACUAAUGAAGAAAUUGAGGGAAGCAAGCAAAAAUUUAGGAGAAAUAAUUAAUACCCGUAAACAAAAAAAUACAAAUUUCGAAAAAGAUAUAGAAGUUGUUUUAGUGGAAAUUGCGAACUUGCGUGAAAAAUUAAAUAAUAAAUUAGAUGAACUUGAAAACAAAUUAAGAGAAGAAGUAAAUAGUACAAGAAAAAACAAUGUUCUAAGAUUAAACGAAGAGUCAUCUGAAUUGAUAUCCCUGAAGAGUACUUUUGACAAUUGGAAAAACUUAUUUGAGGCUUGUUUAUUGCAAGGAUCUGAAAUACAAUGCUUGGUCAAAAUGGAGGAGAUUUCCAGAAAAAUGCCGAACAUCGAAAAUGAUUUAUCCAGAAUUAUACAAGGAUUACAGGACAUGUCGAUAAAAUUCGUAGCAACAGAUAUUAUUCCUGUUUGUUUCGGUCGCCUGCAAAUCAACGAAGGAAGACAGUCGCUACCUGGAAUUAAGAGUGUUAACUUUCAUAGUGGAAAGAUAAAAGUAUUGUUCAAAAUUGACAUCAGAGGCUAUUAUAUCAGUGGAAUAUUCUUUAACGAUGAUAUCAUUAUCACCGACUAUAAUAACAGCAGGAUCGUGUAUCACGACAACACCGGGAAACAAACGGAAGUAUUCAACGUUCCACAAUACCCGACUGAUAUCUGCAAGGUGAAUGAUCAAACUGUAGCCGUGUCGUCUAAUGCAAAUAAGAUUUUCAUAAUUAAUGUAAGACCAUUCAGUUUAGUAAAGACAUUUGAUGUUUCUACGUGGGGGUUAACCUUAGUAGAAGAUGAAUACAUAACUGCGAACAAUAGCACAAUUUGUUGGUUAAACGCUCAAACGGGGGCUAAUAUAAAAGAAUUACCAACUGGAACCAAUACAAUGUUUGUAGCCUGCUACAAAAAGAAUGAGUUCAUUUAUAUGAAUAACAGCAAUGCUAUUACACUUGACUCAGCAGACGGAAAAGGUUUUCAGUAUGGUCAUAAAAAUUUAUCCUAUCCGUACAAUCAGGAAAUUGAUGAAAAAGGGAAUAUAUACGUUGUAGGAAACUUCUCAAAAAACAUCCAUCAGCUGACGUCUUCUGGACAACUUAUCCGCAUCAUUCCUGUAUCAGAUAUCGACAAAACAAUUACUGCAGGACCUUGGGUGAUGCGCUUCAAACGAAAUACCAAUCAGUUUCUUUUAACAUUUCAUGGAUCAACUGGUCCAGUGCUAGUAUGUGAAAUUGGUUAA